ACAAAAAGACCUACUCAUAUCUAUCAGCUGGGAAACUUAUCUGACAAGUGGCUUAUGCAUAGAGAUAAUCAUCAGUGUUAUGAGUCAAUCCCUCUUAACUGCCUGUCCAGAGAACACCAAGUCUCCAUGUAACAGUAUCCUUCAUUCCUGGAUAACCCGAUUCAUGAAAAAAUGGACACAGAAAAUAAAAGCCGGGCAGAUCUCACUCUUCCAAACCCACAAGAACCCUCCAGUGUGCCUGAAAUCGAACUCCUAGAAGUGUCUCCCCGUGAAAAACCUCUGCCAGGGAAGUCUGCCUCCCCUCAACAACAGCAGGCGUGGCUGACAGUUUUGAAGAAAGAGUUGGAAUUCCUGGGGGCAACACAGAUUCUGAUUGGUUCAAUAUGCCUUUGUUUUGGAAUACUUGUCUGUUCUGCACUCCAAAUUUCAGGCGUUGCUGAAGAAAUAUUUUCAUCAUUUAAAAUAGGCUACCCAUUCUGGGGAGCAAUACUGUUUAUUAUUUCUGGAUUUUUGUCAGUUAUGUCUGAAAGGAAAAAUGCAGUGUAUCUGGUGAGAGGAAGGCUGGGAGCAAACAUUGUCAGCAGCAUCUCCGGGGGAGCAGGAAUUGUCAUCCUGAUCCUCAACCUGAGCAACAACAGCAUUUGCAUAGACCACUGUAAGGAUUUGUACGACGACGAUGACUGCUACGUGGCUUCUUUUGUCACUGAACUUGUCAUGAUGAUGCUGUUUCUCACUAUUCUGGGGUUCUGCAGUGCUGUGUCACUCACCAUCUAUGGGAUUAGAGAAGAACUCAAAGUGAAUAAGGUUGCAGAAGAACUUCUUUAUGAAGAAUUAAACAUUUAUUCGCCAAUUUACAGUGAGUUGGAGGACAAAGGGGAGUCAUAGGAUCAUGACCAGUGCAAUCUGAUUCACAGUAGAAUCCAAAAAUCCAAAAACCUUUAAGAUGUUAUUGGUAAAAUAUCUAUUUGCUCCACAUUCUGCCAGUUUUACAAUAGAUUUCUUCUC